AUGAGCAGAAUCGAAGGAAACAGCAAUAAGAAGAAAGGGCGGCUCGCGAGGAACCUCAAAAGCGCCAGAGUCCAGCACCGAGUGAACGAGAGCGCUACAGGAGCGCUGAAGAUGAUCAGCGGCGGAGGCAAAUUCGACUGCCGGCGCGCACAGCUCCCUCAACUAGCGCAGUGUGAUGUCCUCAAGCGGAAAAACGACGGUGAGCUGCAACGGCGGUGCCGCUUUACGAGGGAUGGAAUAUUUUUCAUAACGUCCCUCGUCGCUCCCGACAUCGAGCCUGCGACCCGUCGGAGCCAGUCCCUCCCGUCUUCGCUACUCACACUACAGUUCCUGGCUAUUGGGAACUUUUUAAUCACAGCGGGUGACGUGAUCAACGUACAUGGAGCGACGGCCUGUCGUGUGGUGCACGGCGUUGUUGCAACGCUGUGCAAGCGGGUCGGAAAGUUCGUCCGGUGGCCAAGUGGUGAGGAGGUAGCAAGGGCCCAACACCAGUUUUACCAGCUGGCCAGUUUUCUUGGGGUUGUGGGAGCAGUGGACGGCACCCAUGUUCGCAUCCAGGCACCGUCAGCACAUGAGGCGGCUUUCGUCAGCCGCAAGAACUACCACUACAUAAACGUUCAGCCCAUUGCGGGUGCUGAUUGUAAGAUUUUGGAUGUGGUUGCGAACUGGCCCGGGCCCACCCGCGACUCUAGGAUGCUGCGUGAAAGUACCAUUGGGAGGGAGCUGGAAGCUGGCGUCCACACUGGGCUUCUUGUUGGUGACAGCGGGACAAUUGGUGAGCUGAAAAGGAGGUUCCACUGCCUUCACAGCGAGCUACGAGUGCUAACAAAGCACACCUGCCCUAUCAUCGUGGCAUGCUGUGUCCUUCACAACGUAGCCAAAGAUUUCGGCAGCGAAGCGCAGGAGGCAGACACCGACCCCGAUCACGACCCCCAGCUGAUGUCCAGUUACGAAGGACGUCAGGAUGGCUUCAUGUACAUAGAUGCCACCGUACGUCAGUAUUUUACGUGA